AUGGCUAUGCUUUCCUCGAAAUCGCCGUACCCUUCGGCGUUGACAAGCUCGAAUCUUCCCCCCGGAGCCAACCUGCCGUCUGUUCUGCCUACGUCGAGAAGAGUUCCCGUAAUGACCACCCCUCCCAAGAACUAUGCCAGCCCGACAGAAUCCGACUUCUCGGAAGGUGAAGGCACCGACUCGGUCAAGCACUGGAGCGAAGACCGCGUCUGUGAUUACCUCCGAAGCGUCAAAUGUGGCGAAUAUGAAAAGAUCUUCCGCAAAAAUCACAUCAAUGGCGAGAAUUUUCUCGAGAUGGACAAGGAAGUCCUCAAGGAAAUGGGUAUCGACAAAGUCGGGGACCGAGUGCGGUUAUUCUUGUGCAUCAAAAAGCUGCGGACAAGGACGUAUGCCAACCAGAAGAAACGAAACAGAGAUUCAUUUUCUGCUCUCGAUGCCUUCUCUUCUCCUCCUCCGUCGACAACCAUUCCUGCUCAGUCCUCCGCGAUGCCACGUUCGGCUCCAGCCACAUCUGCCAACCGCCGGUAUUCACGGCAGAUGGACGUGCCGGCUUCUUUGGAAACGGCCCGGCAAGCUCGAUUUACUGCUGGCUUGGGCUACGUGAGCAGCGUUGGCCAGACCCAGACUUCAAGACCACAGGCAUCGUCCUCAGACCUUCCCACUACCCGGCUGGUGCCUACCCAUACCAGGAACAACUCCAGCAUGGAUGGCUCGUUGAUGGCCGCAUUACCUCAGGGCCAAGAUGUCAUCCGCGUGAUUUCCACUGGAGGUGUCACCAAGGUCGUCAAGAUCGCGGAAUGCAAUACUUGUGAAGACGUGAUGCGAGUCACCCUCCGAAAAUUUGCCCUCCGCGAAGAUCACGAGAGAAACUACUGCUUUUGGGUGCUUACUGGUAUCGACCCAGAUCCUGCUCAAUGUCGACGGCUAGGUGAUACGGAAUUGUGGCGCAUAGUCAAGGACCAAAGACGCCCCGAGAGAAAUCGCCUCAUCUUGCGGCGGGUGCCGGCGGGAGAGCCAGGCGAAUCCGAGUUGCAACGCGCCGCUGCCAUCGCCAUGGAGGAAGAGCAGCAGAAGCACGCCAAGGCCUUGGAAUCGGUUGACAAGCGCAGUCAGCUCAAGGUUCAGAAGGUUCUAGGAGAGAACUGGAAUGACCAACUGCAGCAGCCCAUGUCACCCAUAUUCUUCCAGCACAGAGAACGCAACGCCACAGAGGUACCCAGGGACUUGGACAGAACAGCACUGGCUGAGCCUCGAGCCACUCAACGCCAGAACCUUCGCCGAUUCGGAGGUCUUCGCCCCCCCAGCGAACUCAUUGCCUCGGACUUGACGUCGUACUUUCCCGACCAUCGCCGGGAGGACAUCGACCGCACCGCGCGCCUUUCCAUGAGACGCUCUACCCGCUUGAGCAAGGUGAACAGUCGACUAAGCGUAGCUAGCAGCCUCAGCUUUGCUUCCAGCAUACAGGACGCCCCUCCCAUCCCAACGAUUGCUGAUUCGUGGCUCAGCGGGGCAGCCCACGUUGCCAAGGUCCGAACGCGCGACUCUCAGGGUCGGAUGCUCCCCCCGUACAACAGAGAUUCAAUCGCCUCAUCCUCCUUGGGCACGCUUCAGGAGGAAUCACCGGUGGAGCCGAACCGAAAGUCCUAUGUGUCAUUCACGACGGAGUGCGGUGACGACACGACGGCUGCCGACUCCGCUGCCGCAGUCAGCGUCACCCACUCCGACGGCAACACGGCAAACACUAGCUACUUUGACGGGGACGGCUCCACGGGAUCAGGGUCUUUGAACGACAUCCGCCAAGCUCUCACCAAUGACGGGGACGAGCUGGACGAGGAGCUGGAAAGCUUCCUGGCUGGUGAGUCGUGGGACGAUAACAAAUGGAUGAAGGGUGCUCUGAUCGGAAAGGGCUCCUUUGGAUCGGUGUACCUGGCGCUGCACGCUGUGACGGGCGAGCUUCUUGCCGUCAAGCAGGUCCAGACCCCAGCCCCCGGCGCGACGGGUCAAAGCGAAACCCGCAAGAGAGGCAUGAUUGAGGCGCUCAAGCGGGAGAUGGGACUGCUUCGCGAUCUGCGCCACCCCAACAUUGUGCAGUACCUCGGCUGCAGCUCUUCUGCCGACUGCCUCAACAUUUUUCUCGAAUACGUGCCCGGCGGGUCCGUUCAAACGAUGCUGAACUCGUACGGAGCCCUGCCCGAGCCUCUGGUCCGGAGCUUUGUCCGCCAGAUUUUGAUGGGCCUCUCGUACCUCCAUGGCAGAGACAUUAUCCACCGCGAUAUCAAGGGCGCCAACAUACUGGUGGACAACAAGGGGACCAUCAAAAUCUCUGAUUUUGGCAUCUCCAAGAAGCUGGAGCAAUCCAACAUUCUCGGCAACGCCAAAAACAACAGACACCGCCCAUCUCUCCAAGGGUCCGUGUUCUGGAUGGCGCCCGAAGUUGUCAAGCAAACCGAAUACACCCUAAAGGCAGAUAUUUGGUCUCUGGGCUGUUUGGUGGUGGAGAUGAUGACGGGAAACCAUCCGUUUCCGGACUGCACGCAGCUGCAGGCGAUUUUCAAGAUUGGCGGAGGUACCGCGUCACCUACCAUACCCGAGCAUGCUAGUGAGGAGGCCAAGAGCUUCCUGCGUCAAACCUUUGAACUGAACCAUGAUUCGCGACCAAGCGCGGAUCAAUUAAUGCUUAGCCCCUUUUUGUCUCACAUGACGUAG